AAGUUUUCUUUUUACAGCCUUACAGGACAAAGGUUUACACACCUGAUUUUCAGGCUGCACUUAGUGCUGCGUCUGCUUAAUUUACAAUAAGGAAGUCAUGAAAUGUGGUUAUGUGAACUUUCAGUUCUUCUGAGACCGAGGAGUAGCCCUAUUUAUAAACUACACUGCACAUUGGCGAUUCUCCGUCUGUUUCAAGGUUUGAAGGCAAUGUUUUCCCAGCUAGUCGUCAUCAUAUUACUAUUUCUAGCUACGCUAAAUUUCUCAUACCAGAGAAAACCGAAAAAACCUCCUCAGACGCUGUCUAGAGGAUGGGGAGAUGAUAUUACAUGGGUCCAAACCUAUGAAGAAGGACUGACAAAAAUGAAGGAAAGCAAAAAACCACUUAUGGUAAUUCAUCACAAAGAGGACUGCCCAUACAGCCAAGCCCUUAAAAAGACAUUUUCUCUGGAUAAAAAUAUUCAGAAAAUGGCCCAGGAGGACUUCAUCAUGCUCAACCUAAUGCAUGAAACCUCAGAUAAGAACCUGGCUCCUGAUGGCCUGUAUGUUCCCAGGAUCCUCUUUGUUGACCCAUCCAUGACAAUACGUGCUGAUAUUGCGGGCAAGUACAGCAACCACCUGUACACCUACCAACCAGAUGACAUGGAUGUCCUGGUAAAGAACAUGAGAAGAGCCAAGAUCCUUUUGCACACGGAGCUCUGACCCUCAGAUUCAUAAAUUUCUGACCCCUGACAGUGUGAAGCUGGGGUGGGAAACAUCAUCAUAAUUUAAGACACUGGAAUGGCAAACCAGUGUCCCCUGCCUUUCCAUGCAUUAUCCACAACAAGAUUUUUAUAAGGCCUUGUCUCUUAACAUUGUCUGCCUUUUUAUACUCCAUCUCAUACUGCUGAUUCAUUUAUAAUAAAGUGUCUUGUAUGUGCUCAUCAUGAACACUCCCUCACUGGCAGGUUUGAGUUAAGGAUGCAAUCAGUUUCUGCAGCCACAAGAGGGCCAACCACCCCGGCUGGCCUCCUCUCUGUGCCCGAUUUAGAGGGGUGUGAGCUGUCAAUCAAAGGCAGGGUCAUUACACUUUUGAGGUCAGAGGACCUGGGAAAAACAUAGUAAUCUGUUCCCAAUUCUCUAUCAAAGAUCUUAGUGUUACUUCUUGGAUUCUCUGUUGUUUGCCAGCACCAGCAAUGUAAUCCAAAAAAUGAGUCCACUGUUUGUGUGAGUUCUGACCAUAAUCGAUUGUGAGUGGGAGAAGUGCCACCUAGUGGCUAGUAGUGAGGGAUGCAGCAAUCCUCCUGCAUGGCGCCAAAUUUAUCAACUUUCUUUACAUUUCAUGGGGGCAUUUAACAAUCACAAUUAGAAUACAACAAUUCAGCUGAAAGAUGGACGUCAGUCUUAUAUAUAUUUUACAAAAUGUAAAAGUUUUGUAAAUACUUAGUGACAAUAAAAAUUCAUGAUUGAUGA